ACACUCGCCGCUGGAGCCAAAGUGGAUCUAGUACUUGUCCUUUUUUUCACUCGGGAGAACAAACGUGUUUUAUUUUUAGUCUUUGUUCUUCAAGCGUCGAGUGGGUCAACACGGACCCUGUCAUUUAGAAGCACCACUGCAGCUCCCACACGUGCUGGAGCUGAAACUCCGUCCGGACCUGAAUUUCUCGAACCAACUUUUGGGGUAACAGUCCGUCCAGAGCGUCAGAUUCGCCUCAGAACUGUGCUUUAUUCCGAAAACGUAUCGCCGGAGAGGUGAAGCGCGUCCCGCGGGAUUAUAGGCGUGAGAUCCCCACUGGUCUCCAGCUGCGAACGGACCCUGGAACUCUCAUCACCGCUGGAGGUUUGACUGUUGAAAAGGAUUCGGAACGUAUUCGCUCGCCACUUUAGGGAAAAUGCUUCUGUUCUGGUUCUGUGUGCUGAUGAUGGCCGGGAUGUCUGGAGGUGUCAGAGGACCUCCGCGAGUGUCUGAACGAGUGAUCCACCGGCAGAGCGUCCGCCUGGGUCGCACGAUGAAGCUCCCCUGCCCAGUAGAGGGCGACCCUCCGCCGCUCAUCAUGUGGACCAAAGACGGUCGGAACAUCCACAGCGGCUGGUCGCGAUUCCGGGUCUUACAGCAAGCGCUGCGGAUCAAAGAGGUGGAGGCGGACGACGCCGGGACUUACAUUUGCAAGGCCACCAACGGGUUCGGAAGUGUGAACAUCAACUACACACUCAUCAUCAUAGAUGACCAGAGUUCCAGAGGAGGAGCAGGAACUCAAGAUUCGCCUCCAGACUUGGCCGGGAAACUUGUUCGGCCUCGCUUCACGCAGCCAGCGAAGAUGAGGAAGCGGGUCAUCGCUCGCCCGGUGGGCAGCUCCGUGCGACUCAAGUGCACGGCGAGCGGGAACCCUCGACCCGACAUCGUCUGGUUUAAAGACAGUCUGCCUCUGGCGGACGGGGACGGCACCACGGACGGAGGCAGAGCGGGAGGAGCGGGGAAGAAGAAGAAGUGGACGUUGAGCCUGAAGAACCUGACGCCGGAGCACAGCGGGAAGUACACGUGUCACGUGUCCAACCGGGCCGGGGCCAUCAACGCCACCUACAAAGUGGAAGUCAUACAGCGGACCAACUCGAAGCCGGUCCUGACUGGAACCCACCCAGUCAACACCACGGUGGACUACGGCGGCACCACCUCCUUCCAGUGUAAAGUCCGGAGCGACGUUAAGCCGGUGAUCCAGUGGUUGAAGAGAGUGGAACCGGGAGAGGUGGACAAGUUCAACUCCACCAUCGAGGUGGGCACGCACAGGUUCGUGGUGCUGCCUAAAGGGGAGGUGUGGUCGCGUCCCGAUGGCUCUUAUCUCAACAAGCUGCUGAUCAGUCGAGCCAAGAAGGAGGACGCCGGCAUGUACAUCUGCUUAGGCGCCAACACGAUGGGAUACCGCUUCCGGAGCGCCUACCUCACCGUGCUGCCAGACUCAAAGCCUCAGAGCAUCCCGGUCCCCACAGCGACGUCCCAGAGUCUGCCCUGGCCGGUCAUCAUCGGCAUACCUGCAGGUCUGGCCUUCAUCUUCGGCACCGCCCUCCUGUGGUUCUGUCAGUCCAAGCGCACCUGCUCCUCAUCCUCACCUUCAUCGUCUUCCGCUCUGCCGCCGGCUCAGCGUCUCCCGGCGGCCGCCCGCGACAGAGUCGGGCCCCAGCCUCCGCCGCCCGCCGGCAGCGACAAAGACUGCCUCUCCUACGAGGACUACGUUGCCCACCAGCAGCUCCUCCUCACCCAGGGGGGAACCGGAGCCGUUCCCAAGGUGUACCCCAAAAUCUACACGGAUAUACACACUCACACACACUCGCACGUGGACGGGAAAGUGCACCAGCACCAGCACAUCCACUACCAAUGUUAGCGGGCAAACACACGGACGCUUGUCACUGCCAGCGGAGCACAGAACCACAAGACCACUGCAGACUCCUUUACACUCUUUUUUUAGGAACAUGUGGACGACUAACCAUGAAGAAUGUAAUUCAAGAUUUCACGUCACUUUCUGUGCUUCUGCUCAAGACACAACCACAAACUCCUCAGUAAGGACUCCACUUCACCAAACCGAGAUGUGAAUGAUGACGGAUUAUUAUUCAGCAUUUAGCAUGCUACGUCCGUAUACGUUACAAGUUAGCUUUGUUCCAGUGUCUAAAGCCUGAUGUAAACUGCCAAAGAGAUUUUACAAAAAUGCCAAAAUUAUCAUGAAGAAUGAAAGAAAAAGCGUUGGAGAAGUAAAUUUAGGCGUAUAUUUCACAGAAUAACCUUCUGAAACAUAGUCAUUCCUAAACAGUUUACUUCAGGCGUUAGACCUGAGCAGAACUGAGCCAGUGAUGACCACUUUUCCAUACAAAAGGGAGCUGCUGUCACAGAUUCCUGCUUCAACGUUCGCUCCCUUCCUGGGGAAAACCGUCGGAGUGACAGGGAUGUAGGCCGCGCGGAGACAGCAGCGCUGCGGCGAAAACGGUGCCGUCGACAAACCAGCACCAGAUUUGGUGGAUUUCUGAUGGAUCAUCGGAUACAAAGCUAAUCUUCUGAGGUUUACAGGGAUAGAAAGACAACGGAGAGACUCAGUCGGCUCUGCUCCACCAGCAGCUCCUGGGAGUCUCAGCACCUCAUUCAUUUCUGUCUGAUUCUGAGUCAGAGUGAUAUCUGAUAAUCAUCUGAUAUUAUCUUAUGGGUCAACAUAAGAUACAUUACGAAAGUCGCUGGAAUGGUUCAUUGAAAGCUGGAAUAUUAUAUACAUAUAUAUAAUUCGAGCUAAAUAAUUUUUUGGUUUAAAUUUAAGGCACAAAAUGUGGAUUUUUUUUCCAAAAUAAAAGGAAAUGAUCUUGCUGAUUGUAAACACUUCAAUGCCCAAGAAAAGUCGAAUGAAUUCAUUGAAGAUCAGUCUCACUUUAACCAUCUUACGUUCAUGUAUUGUGUGAAAAGAGCUCUGGAAGCAGAUGGAACCAAGCUUCCCCCCGAGCUCUCCGGUGCUUUAUUUUCGUCUCUAAUUUAGCCAGACCUCCAUCCUGACGUCUAAUCAGCUCAGAUGUGUUUGUGUGUGUGUGUGUGUGUGAAGAGUGUGUGAACGAGAUCAGCCGUUAGCAAUCAAAGGAUUACGGCACCGAAGCUCGGAGCUGCCAGAAUGUUGUCAGGUUUUAUGUCGGAAUAUGGUGGAUAGCUGGUUCCCGUCCUGCCCUCAAGAUGAUAUUUUGCUACACAACAUGUAGACAUUUGCGUCAUCCAUCACGCGUCGAUUUAUGUUCCAGUCUGAAGUUUCACUGUGAAACACUUUCACCACAAAAGUGCUGGGCAUUUUAGCGUCAACAACCAUGUGACAGGGUAUGAUGUUCAGACUGGUUACAGUCAUGGUUGUUUUCCUGCCAUCCUGUGCUGACGUUGUUAAUAAUUGGAUUAUUUUCGAAGCCAACUGACUGAUCCCGACGUCACACAGAUGCUGUCUUUUAUUUCUGCCGGUCUUCGGAGUCAGAUAUCACCUGUGAGUUUAUUCAACUCGACUGAAUCGCACGAUAGACUGAUGUUUCCGUGUGAACUCCAACAAACAAGCCAGAGGGAAGCUGUUUUUACGUCUUUGUUCUUUCCUUUCUGUGGUUGCUGGAGACGCUGUGUGUUUUCUGAAGACCUCAAAUAGCUUCAUCUUUCACGUCAGUUGUGUGUCAAAGCUAGAGGACUGCCAGUGUGCUCGUCGCCCUCGAGUACAAAAUGUCGAGUAGAGAAGAGAAUGAUAGAUUUAGCAGGGAAAACGCUUCGGACCAUAUUUGUCACCCAAAAGCACGGUUGUGUAUUUCUAAUUUAUUUGUAUUAUGUUCCUCCUUUUCAUAUAUAAUUGGGCAUUAUAUUGCAUGAGUGCGUUUACUUGUUACGGUCAUAUUGUAAGCUAUGUAGCAAACAUGUCAGUGUAAGAUACUGUAUUUAUACGUGCGGACAGAAUAUACAAAAUUUUUAUUGAUAAUCAUUGUAUAGACAAUCUUUGUACAGUCUAUCUUCAUUAAAGUCGUGGUUGUUUUUGUUCUGACGUCAUUACCCCUGUUACUGGUGCCAUUAAAAAGUUCAACUUUGA